AUGUUUGCUUUUACAUCUUUGGGGGUCCAUUACAAUAAAGAACUCAGUAAGAGGAAUGAUGGCAUUUAUACGUUUAGAGUACAAGGACAGAUAUACCAUUUUAUUAACUCAUUAGUCCCUUCUGAAAAUGAAAAGGCAUCGAACUUGCAGCUUUAUUUUUAUGAUAUAGAACAUGAAUUAACAAAUAGAAUGGCUAUUUCAAGCAAAUUCAGAGAGUCUAUUGUAGAACAGCUUAGGUCAAUACUCCAUGAAAAUCCGUAUUCUGUUUUUAUUCGAAGCUUAGCAGAACUUCAGGAUUUAGACAGAUAUCGGAUAUUUCUAAAAUCUGACCCAGGCUUCGACCAACGUGUCUACAACACACCUACAGUAUCUCAAGUUGCAGCCAUUUGGUCUGAAAAUGAUUUGAAUGACACUCAAACUUCGAGAAACAUCGAAAUUUUGACAAAAACAGGCAAUAAAAAAAUAGUUAAGCAAUACUAUGGAUGUUAUGAUGCAUUGCAGUACCCUCUUAUAUAUGCUGGAGGCGAAACAGGUUGGCAUCCAGGAAUUCUACGAAAAACCAAAGCUAAUAUAUUAGACCGACCUGAUCAGACUUGCAGUGAAGAAAAUUUGCUGCCUCUUCAUCAAUGUACUAAUAUCGAUCAAAUUAUCGAUGCAGAAGAGAAAGGUAUGACCAUAUAUCUUUGUUCAAUCAUUUUAUCAUUUGAAAAUCUUCUUGUUAAACAAUACUCUGUUGAUACAUAUGUAAAACUGGAGACUUCAAGAUUGGAAUUCUACAGAAGCAGACAAAACAAAUUACGAACAGAAACAUAUCAAGGAUUGUUAGACACUACUGCAAAUGGUGAAACAAAUGGCGCAAAUGUUGGCAAACGCAUCAUUUUGCCAGCAAGCUUUAUAGGUGGCCCAAGAGAUAUGCAUCGCAGGUAUAUGGAUGCAAUGGCAUUGGUGCAACGCUACGGAAAACCUGAUAUUUUCCUUACUAUCACCUGCAAUCCAUCGUGGCCCGAAAUCAAACAGCAUUUGGGGGAAAAUGAUGAAACUCAAAAUAGACCUGACUUGAUUGCUCGCGUCUUCCGUGCAAAAAUAGAACAGUUGAAGGAAGACCUAUUGAAAAAGCAUAUUUUUGGACAAAUAGCAGCAUAUACAUACGUGAUUGAGUUUCAAAAACGAGGUCUACCACACGCUCACUUUUUGAUCAUCCUUAAAGACAAGUGGAAAAUGUACUCUCCAGAAGAAUAUGACCGAAUUGUCUCUGCAGAGUUGCCAGACAAAAUCAGAUCACCGUAUCUAUUCUCUCUUGUUGUAAAGCAUAUGCUUCAUGGUCCGUGCGGCUCUCUGAACCCAAAGAGCCCUUGUAUGCGACAAAAUAAAAAAUGCAAAAACAACUAUCCGAAAGAUUUUUGUGACUUCACCAAGCAUGGAAAAAGCUCAUAUCCAUUGUAUAGAAGGCAUCAUGAUGGAAACAGUGUCAUGAUCAGAGAUCAUCAGUUAGACAAUCGUUGGGUUAUCCCUUAUAAUGCAUAUCUUUUAGCAAAAUAUGAUUGCCAUAUCAACGUUGAAGUUUGUUUUGCUAUCGAAGCUUCUGCUCGAUGGAUCUGUGCCCCAGAAACUAUGUGGAGAAUCUUCGCUUUUGAUCUCAGUGUCAUUAAUCCAGCUGUUAUUGUUCUCCAUUUACAUCUACAAGAUUAUCAGCCAGUGUCCUUCCAUGAAGAUAGACCAUUGCAAGAUAUGAUUGAAGAUGAAAGACUUCACCGAACAAUGUUGACAGAAUUCUUUGCUAUGAAUCGAACAAAUAAGCAAGCUGAAGAUCUCAAUUUAUUAUAUAAGGAGUUUCCUCAAUAUUUUGUCUGGGAUGAAGAUAAUAGAAUCUGGUAUGCUCGAAAACGUGGACAAAUCAUUGGACAUGUGACCACAACACAUCCAAUAGAAGGCGAGAGAUAUUAUCUUAGAAUGCUGCUGAUGCAUGUUCGAAGACCAAAAUCCUUUACUGACCUCAAAACAGUAAAUGGAUUCAUUGCUUGUUCAUUCAAAAGAGCUGCAGAGAUUCGAGGAUUAUUACAGAUUGACAAUGGAGCGGAGCAAUGUCUAUCAGAAGCCGCCAUAUACAAGAUGCCAUCAUCUCUCAGGCAACUGUUUGCUGUUAUUUUGAUAUAUUGUCCACCGAGCAAUCCAAAAAACCUUUGGGACAAAUUUUAUGACUCCCUAUCAGAAGACAUAGCAAUUCAGUCAUUCCUAUCAGAGGAACAAACAAAAGCAAAGGUUCUUCAUCUUAUUGAUGAAUAUUUACAAAUAAUGGGAAAGAAUAUAGCAGAUUUUGGAUUCUCACAAUUAACUUCAACAAUGUCUUUCGCUGCUAUCACAAAAGAAAUUGAAGCAGAAUACACAAUUCCCAUUUCUGAAGAAGAUUUAGCAGCUUCAUCGAUGCUCAAUCAUGCUCAAAGAGCUGCAUUCUUCAUUGACGGACCUGGAGGCACUGGGAAGUCCUUUUUAUAUAAGGCUUUGCUUGCAACUGUUAGAUCAAGGGGAGAUAUUGCCUUGGCAACAACAACAUCUAGAGCUGCAGCAUCAAUUUUUCCUGGAGGUCGGACUGCCCAUUUUUGUUUUAAGAUACCUCUUCAGCAAGAAAUUAACAGCACCUGCAAUAUUUCCAAACAAAGUGCCAUCAGUAAAUUAGUUCAACUUGCAUGGCUAAUAAUCUGGGAUGAAGCAGCAAUGGCCAAAAAAUAUGCCAUUGAAUCCUUUGACAGAUUAUUGAAAGAUUUGCUCAGUUUUGACUCCAUCUUUAGUGGAAAAGUAAUUGUUUUUUGUGGAGACUUUCAACAAACUUUGCCAGUGGUUAGAAAAGGGCAACGAGAAGAUUACAUCUCUACAUCCCUUGUCAAUUCUUACCUGUGGCCUCAUCUGGAAAAGAUCCGACUCACUGAAAAUAUGAGAGCACGGUCAGAUCCCUCAUUUUCUGAUUUCUUGUUGAAAAUAGGAGAUAGAACAGAGCCAACUAUUCUAGUUAACAAAAUCAAACUUCCAUCUUCAAUGCUUAUACCUUUUAUUGAUGAUACAACCUCAUUAAACCUUCUAAUAAAUACUGUGUAUGCAUCCUUGUUUGACUUUUUAACCAGCAGCUCUGCAGUUACUAACAGAGCUAUUUUGAGUACAACAAAUGAGACUGAUCAAGAAGUCAAUCAAAUUUUGAUUCAAAGAUUUCCAGGACAAGAAACCAGAUACAUCAGUUUUGAUCAAACGCUUGAUCCAACAAAACAAGCUGAUCAUGGAGAUUUCUUAAAUUCCAUUCAGCCUCCUGGAUUGCCCCCACAUGAACUAAUUUUGAAACCAAUGUGCCCAGUCAUCCUUCUUAGAAAUCUUAACCCUGCACAAGGUUUAUGCAAUGGAACACGUCUCAUUUGUUUAAAUUUUGAUAAGAAUGUAAUACAUGCUGAAAUUUUUGUUGGUAUUCAUAUUGGCAAGCAUGUUUUCAUUCCUCGUAUUCCAUUGCACAGUUCGAAUGAUGAAUCUUAUCCAAUACCCUUCAAACGAACUCAGUUUCCAAUUUCAUUAUGCUUUGCUAUGACAAUCAACAAGUCACAGGGACAAACACUUGAUUUUGUUGGAAUAUACUUAAAGGAACCUGUGUUUUCACAUGGACAAUUAUAUGUUGCAUUGUCUAGAGCAAAAACCUCAGCAAAUGUGAAAAUCUUGCUAAGACCCGUUACUGUCCAUUCUACAGAAACCAGUUAUACUCGAAAUAUUGUUUAUCACGAAAUCCUAGCUGCUGCUGCUGAUACUUGA